GGGACUUCCGCUUCGUCACGUGACGUCAUCUCCGUGAACAGGAUUGGCCCUGAAACAGUGUGGGGCCUGGACCGCUGGGUAGGCACGUCCAGCGGCCUGAGCAGGGGAGGGUAACGAGGCAGUUACGCCCCUUCUCCGCAUCUUGGCGGGAGCCUGACGCCCCGCUUCUUCCCUAACGGGGUGUUCCAUCGGCGCCCGCUGGGGCCUAGGCCUCCGCAGCCGCCCUCCGUCUCCUCAGCCCCGAAGCUGCGCCGGCUGUGUGCGCAUUUUUCUCUGGGGAAACUGAGGCCUUGAAUGCGAAAGUCAGCCGAGGUCGCCCCGCCCAGGACAAAGAAGGGCUAGGGGGUCGGCUGAGUCGCGGCAUUCCCGGGCCCCGCUAGGGCUGCAGGGUCCCAGGAUGGCAGACUCGGCGCAGGUGUCUGUGACCUUUGAGGAUGUGGCUGUGACAUUCACCCAGGAGGAGUGGGGACAGUUGGACGCAGCCCAGAGAACCUUGUAUCAGGAGGUGAUGCUGGAGACCUGCGGACUUCUCGUGUCUCUGGGCUGUCCUUUGUUCAAACCAGAGCUGAUCUACCAGUUGGAUCACAGACAGGAGCUAUGGAUGGUUACAAAAGACCUCUCCCAAAGCUCCUAUCCAGGUGACAACACAAAACCCGAGACCACAGAGCCUACCUUUUCUCACCUGGCCUUGCCUGAGGAAGUCUUACUCCAGGAACGACUGACACAAGGAGCCUCAAAGGACUCCCAAUUAGGGCAAUCCAAGGAUCAGGAUGGGCCAUCUGAAAUGCAGGAAGUCCACUUGAAAAUAGGGAUAGGCCCCCAGAGGGGGAAACUCCUGGAGAAAAUGAGUUCUGAAUGUGAUGGUUGGGGGUCAGAUGAUGGUAUAUGUACAAGGAUUACACAAAAACAAGUUUCAACAGAAGAUGAUCUCUAUGAAUGUGAUUCACAUGGCCCAGUUACAGAUUCCUUGAUUCACGAAGAGAAAAAUUCCUAUAAAUGUGAGGAAUGCGGGAAAGUGUUUAAAAAGAAUUCCCUCCUUGUUCAGCAUGAACGGAUUCACACUCAAGUGAAGCCCUAUGAAUGCACAGAGUGUGGGAAAACCUUUAGCAAGAGCACUCAUCUUCUUCAGCACCACAUCAUCCACACUGGGGAGAAGCCCUAUAAGUGCAUGGAGUGUGGGAAGGCUUUUAACCGCAGGUCACACCUCACACGGCACCAGCGGAUUCACACCGGAGAGAAACCUUAUAAGUGCAGUGAAUGUGGAAAGGCCUUCACCCACCGCUCCACUUUUGUCUUGCAUAACAGGAGCCACACUGGAGAAAAACCAUUUGUGUGCAAAGAAUGUGGCAAAGCCUUUCGAGAUAGGCCAGGUUUCAUUCGACACUACAUCAUCCACACGGGAGAGAAGCCCUAUGAGUGCAUUGAGUGUGGGAAGGCCUUCAACCGCCGGUCAUACCUCACGUGGCACCAACAGAUUCACACUGGAGUGAAACCCUUUGAAUGCAAUGAGUGUGGAAAAGCUUUUUGCGAGAGUGCAGACCUCAUUCAACACUACAUUAUCCACACUGGGGAGAAGCCCUAUAAAUGCAUGGAGUGUGGGAAGGCCUUCAACCGUAGGUCACACCUCAAGCAGCAUCAACGGAUUCAUACUGGGGAGAAGCCUUAUGAAUGCAGUGAAUGUGAAAAGGCCUUUACCCACUACUCCACUUUUGUCUUGCAUAAAAGGACCCACACUGGAGAAAAACCCUAUGAAUGCAAAGAAUGUGGAAAAGCCUUUAGUGAUAGGGCAGAUCUCAUUCGACACUUCAGCAUCCACACUGGAGAGAAACCCUAUGAGUGCGUGGAGUGUGGAAAGGCCUUCAACCGCAGCUCACACCUUACGAGGCACCAACAGAUUCACACUGGAGAGAAACCCUAUGAAUGCAUCCAGUGUGGGAAAGCCUUUUGCCGGAGCGCAAACCUUAUUCGACACUCCAUCAUUCACACUGGAGAGAAGCCGUAUGAAUGCAGUGAGUGUGGAAAGGCUUUUAAUCGUGGCUCAUCCCUCACACAUCAUCAAAGGAUUCAUACUGGGAGAAACCCUACCAUUGUAACAAAUGUGGGAAGACCUUUUAUGACUGCACAGACUUCAGUCAACAUCCACGAACUUUUAUUAGGGAAAGAGUUUUUGAAUAUCACCACUGAAGAAAACCUGUGGUGAAAGGGAACAUCUUACCAUCUGGCCAUUCACACUGAAGAGAAACUUCAUAAGCAUCCUCUGUUUGAGAAAACCUGUAAUAGAUUAUCAUUUGUCAUCUAAACAAUCAUGUUAGAAUUUGAACCAGCCUAGAGUCUUAUUCUCUAUCUGAGAAUUCACCCAUGAGAGAGACCCAGCGGUUGCUAUGCACUUAGGAAAACCUUCAGUCACAUCUUUCUUCUUAGUUUACAGUGAAAUAUUAUCUCAGGGAUAUUUAAACAAAGGAAGAGGAGACAUAGGGAAGAGAAAGAAAACACAGCUUCUUUUAGACUUGUCUGACAAGCCUAUGGCAAUUUGUCAUCCUUUUGUUAUUUUAUUUGGGAGAGGGAAAUGUUUCAGAAACAAAAGAUCUCAUCCCCUUUAUUUUUCCCGUGUAUACAUUCACUGCUGCCCAGUGUCAGAACAGUUAGACAAACGAGGGCUUGAAAAUAUUUUCCGAAAGCUUGCUUAGUCCUGCAACAUUCUCCACUCUUGAGGUGCAGGAGCAUACAUCUUUAUAAAAAAUAUGGAGGCUUGAGUUAUGAAACACUUUUAUAAGGAGAUAAGGAUGUACAUAUGUUUGGACACAUUGUCCACUUCAGAUGCAUGUUUAAAAAAACUGUUUCACCGUGUGUCUUUACCCAAUACACAUACUUUUUCUUGAUGUGGAUUUACUUUUUUUUUUUUUUUUAGUUUUCCUGGGUUAGGGAUGAUAGUGUAAUUGUUCAUGCACAGAGUAAUCCUGGGAAUCUUAGUUUUUUCCUAUGAUUGUGGUUUCUCAACUUCUUUACCUCUCCUUUGAGAGAGGUCCACCUCAGUUUUCUAAAGGUCAAAUUAAGGCCCCCCCAAAAAUACAGUAUGUAGCUGAAUUCCUUUGAAAGAUCAUGAUAAACUCAGAAGAAGAAACACAUAGAAAGAAUGUCAUUUUUAAUUUUUUUAAAGAGUGUGUGAAAAUUCACUUUAACAAAUUUUAACAGGCAAGCCGGCAUGCAUAUAUGUAGGGAUGUGUGACUUUCACAGUUGUCACCAUGGACUUAGGCUUGAUUAAAAUGAUAUACCUUUACAGCGUUUUGGAAUUCCUUUUUGAUAAUAUUUUUAAGACGAGAUUUUGAGCCAUGUGAUAGUAUUACCUCAUAUUAAAUAUAUUGUACAGAAGUAAAAAUAAUCAUGUAUUCACUUUGAACUCCUCAAAACCUUAUUUAUUUAUUUACUUACUUGGUUUAGGAGCGGAGGUUUAAUAGGCAAAAGAAAAAGGAGACUAGCUGUCUCCUAUGAGAAGAGAGGGGUGUCCGAGUGAGUCUUCCCUCCUCAGAGCCUUUUUUUUUUUUUUUUUUGGAGACAGAGUUUUGCUCUUGUUGCUCAGGCUGGAGUACAAUGGCACGAUCUCAGCUCACUGCAACAUCCACUUCCCAGGUUCAAGCGAUUCUUCUGCUUCAGCCUCCCGAAUAGUUUGGACUACUGUCAUGUGCCACCAUGCCUGGCUAAUUGGAAUAUGAUUUCUUUUAAUUACAACAUUCCAUUUGCUAGUAUUUUAUUGAGAAAUUUUGUAUCUGAAAUCAUGAGUAUUAUCUGGCCAAAUAUAUGUGGCUGGAAUUUCCCUAUAAGUGUCAGAGGGGUUCCCACAAGGGACUGUUUCAAAAAGUCCUGAGAUAGGACCUGUUGGGAUUCCAAAGAAAGGAGCAUAAAACACCAGGGUAAUCAGUUCAAAUCAUUGUUCGGAGGAACUUUCAAAUGGGGUUGGGGGGAGCUGCAGUGUGUCCUUGUGUAGGACAGCAAACAAAAAAAGCUCUACUUGUGUAUGUCUGCAAUGAGAAGUUUGGGUUAUGGAGAGUAUAUGAGGGCUUAAGGAAUUCGGCUGAGAUCCAGGGCCAGUUUCUACAUGUUUAGCAACAUGUUUGAUCUCUCAGUAUUUCAGGCAACAACCUAACUUUGUCAGUGCCUGGGCAUUCCAACCCCUAGCUUACAUUUAAGCCUGCAGGGGAAGACAUACACUUGGUCUGGGGUCACAGAGCUGUCAAGGCACCUUGCAUUUCUAGGUCAGGACACAAAGCAGGGGAGUUGGGGACCACUACAAUGAGCAAUAUUGGUCAGUAGUUUUAUUUGUUUGUUUUCACUUUAUCUGAUUUUGGUAUUUAACUAAUACUGGCCUCCCAAAAUCAAUUGAGAAGUUUUCCUCCAGUGCCACCCCCCUUUUAUUUGCAUGACAUUUUGUAGAAUUGGAGUUAAGUAUUUGGUAGAAUUUUUUGGUGAAACCAUUUAAGUCUGGAGGUUUCUCUUGCGGAAGAUUUGAAUUACAUAGUCAUUCAACUUAAUAGGUACUCAAAGUAUUUCAUAUUGGGUGGGUUUUGAUAGAUUAUUCUUUUUGAGGAAUUGUUCCAUUUCAUCUAAGUUUUGUAAUUUAAAUUUGUGGAGUUAUUUAUUUGAAGUAUUCCCUUAUUAUUCCCUUCAUGACAGAAGGUUCUAUAGUUGUAUCCUUUGUUUUAUUCCUAAUAGUGGUUAUGUGUGUCUUCUUUAUCUUUGUUAAUCUUCUUAGAUGUUUAUAAAUUUUAUUGACUGUUUCAAA